UACUUUCUGUCGAGCAGGGCCGGGUCUUGGUGCCAAAGAGCUAGAGGGAAGAUUCCAGGAUGACUUCGUCCUGCACCAGCAUUCACUUGCUAGAAGAACCUCCCAGUGUGGAAGCCAUUCGCUUCCACCAGUGUCUGUGUCUCCAAGGUGAGCAGCAGGCCCUCCCAGCCUCUACAGGAGGUGCUCCAAGACAAGCAGUUUGCAAGUUAAGAAAAGACUGGUGGAAGAAAUUUCUCAUAUGUGUCCUUGUAGUAGUAACAGGAUUAUAUUUUUCAGUAUCACGUUUGAUAUCUUCAGAAAGUACCAAAGCUAUGGAAUGUUCAGAGGAGUGGAUUGGUGUAAGAAGGAAGUGCUUCUACUUUUCUGAUGAUACCAGAAAUUGGACAGCCAGUAAAAGAUUUUGCAGUUCACAUGGAUCAGAGCUUGCUCAGAUUGAUACACCAGAGGAUAUGAAAUUUUUGAAGAAGCAUGCAGGAACUUCUAUGUACUGGAUUGGAUUAAGCAGAAAACUAGGAGAGUCUUGGAAAUGGACAAAUGGCACUACAUUCAAUGCUGGGUUUGAAAUCAGUGGGAAUGGACACUUUGCUUUUUUGAAUUCUGAUGGAGUCCACAGUUCCAGGGGAUUUGUUGAUAUCAAGUGGAUUUGCAGCAAACCAAUAUCUAAAACAGAGAAUAAAUUAGGAAAUCAACAAAGAAUUUUGCAAUUUUUUUUAAUCGAAGUAUAGUUGAUUUACAAAUGUUAGUUUCUGGCAUACAGUAGAAUUUUGCAAGAAUUGAAGGAACUAAAAAUUGUUGAAUGAAUGAAUGAUUAUAUAUAGAAUCUUAUUAAUUCAAGGCACAUAAUUGCCCAUCAUGAGCACAAGUCAGGAAACCUGUUAAAUAUGACCAAACAAAGUUACAGUAUACAAUUAGAUGACAUUUACUGCAUUAGUAGUUAUGAUAAUCAAAUUUAAAGGGAUUUAUAUUGAUAGGUCAGCCAAGACCUACUGCUUAAACGUUAGAGACAUAUAUGUACUUAAUAUGUGUAAAUAUUACAAACCACUAAGCAUAGCAACUUUGGUUUAAAGAAAUGUUACAAGAGAAUCACCUAUGAACAAACAUGUACUUAAAUAAUAUCUUACAAAUAAGGGAAAGGAAGGACCCUAACU